AUGUCUAGAGGAGAAAAGAUUGUGCAGUUAGCACGUGAAGUUGAACCUAAAGCGGAAGAUGAAUCAGAGUAUUUUCCCAGCAGCAGUUUAGACUUCGAUACACCAGGUGUUAAUAUAAAAUUGGCAGGGAUAGAAGAACGACCAACAGAAACCAAUAAACCUCGACGACAGAAAAGGCAACCAACACCAGUUGGCCAAAAAAUAACCGGAAGCAAAGAAGACUUGAAGGUCAGCAAUGUUUCAGUUAAAGGAGUAGUUAAACCGGCUGUCCAAAUGAAACCUUCCUGCAGGGAAUCGUGUAGGCUUAAAUGUUUUAUGAUACCUGAAGAUGAAAGACUUACUAUUUUUCAAUCUUAUUAUAAACUAGCGGACUACGUACGUCAGCGAGAUUUUAAAAAUGCAAACACGGAAAAGGCAGUUAAAAAAUCAAAGACGACGCAAGAAGAGUCCAGAAGGCAAUACUCAAUUAACUACUUCCUACCUAUUAUUGAAGAAAAAAAGAAGUGUUGUUUGGAUAUUUAUCAAAGUAGGUUGAUAACGAUAAUAUUGGUAUCUCAAAAAACGACUCCAGAAUGUAGCCGGAAAAGAAUUGUACAGCAUGAUAAACACAAAAGGGUAGUCGUUAUGAAAAAUAGAUAUUCGGCUAAAGGUUUGCCUGAAAAACCAAGAUGUGUUCAUAAAAAUAAGUUUUUGAAGUGCCAUUUAUUAACUAUAAGGGAUCUGUAA